AUGAGGCUGGUGGAUCUGGAGUCCCCGGGUUCUAGUGCUGAUUUUGGGGUGGUAGACGGGGCCGGGGACUUUGAGAGCUCCGAGAUGCGUGUCCUCCUGCUUCUCGCGCUCGCUGGGAUCGCGUAUACUCAGACUCGGGGCUGCCGCUUAAACCCUGGAGAUGUAAAUAUUGCGAGGAGCGGGGAAGCCGAUCAGAGUUCUCUAUAUUCCUCCAGAAUCGCGGGUUACGCCCACCUCGCCAUCGACGGCUUCAGAGACGGACACUUCCAUAAAGGCUCCUGCACCCAGACCAGGCAUCAGAGGAACCCCUGGUGGAAGGUGGACCUGAAGAAGCCCCAUAAAAUCGGUAACAUCGUGGUGGCCAAUCGGGUCGAUUGCUGCGCUAAGGAACUGCUGGGGGCCGAGGUCCGCGUCGGGAACUCCCCAAACAACAACAAGAACCCUGUGUGCGGCGUUAUCUCUACGGAGACUCCGAUCGCUACGCUCUGCUGCGGCGGGAUGGAGGGGCGCUACGUCAGCGUGGGGCUUCCCGGAUUCUCCAAGAGCCUCUCCCUCUGCGAGGUGGAGAUUUACGAGAAUGUGGAGGGCCCCCCACAGCCCACCCAAGUCCCACCGAGUCCCCCCAGCCACCGGAGGAGGGAGUACAGAAAGGCUAUAAAUACAGAUUUUACAGGAAAAAAAAAACACACUUACAGAAGCCGCCUGACUUGUGAUCCGAUGCAGUUCCUCCCGGUUCUCUUGGUUCUCGGGCUCUUGGGCCGGACGCACGGCUGCGCUCCUGGAGAAGGAGCCGUAAAUUUAGCAAGAAAUGGUAUCGCAACCCAGAGUACAAAUCACUUUGACAAUGAACUGGGGACUGCUGGGAAAGCUAUCGAUGGCGACGACAAUGUGGAGUUUCACUACGGUUCCUGUACUCACACCCGAGACGACCACGGCCCCUGGUGGAAAGUAGACCUCAAAAAAACAUACAAAGUGAAAACCGUGAUCAUCACAAACAGGCGAGACUGCUGUGAGACGCGUCUGCUGGGAGCGGAGAUCCGUGUGGGGGACUCGGAGGACAACAAGAACCCCGUGUGCGGCACCGUCACCGAUGUCUCCAGCCCGAAGAUUUCUUUUUGCUGUAACGGGAUGGAAGGUCGCUAUGUGUCUGUGGUUAUCCCGACGCGAGUAGAGCAUCUCACCCUGUGUGAAGUGGAGGUUUAUGAGGGGGAAAUGGAGCCGGAGCAGAUCUGCUGGGAGUCAAUGAAGUCAAUCGAUCGCCAGAACGGUGACAUCACCACCGGGGGCAACAGUGAUUGUGGCCUGAGAUUUGAGGUUGCAAAGCUGAGGUAUCUGCGCAGGGUCCCUUUGUGCCAGCUCCAGUCCCUGCUUGGCAAGCAGAUAAUCUCCAUUGGGCCGCAUUUUCCGCCGUCGCUUGUCCCAGUCUGCGUAGACAGAGAAUGGUGCCUCGAGGCAGAAUACUUGGCGCUGUUCGAGGGGAGCUACGCCCUGCAGUGUGAGCCGACAGAUGUCACAGAGCGAGCUCCGGAGGCCGCUCACUGUAAUUGGCAAGACUCCGGACUAGAAGGUUCAGCCACUCUGCCCCUGGUAUUGCAGCCAGAGCCCGAAGAGGUGAAAGUGGGCGAUCACUUUUGGGAGGAAGUCUUCCGGGUGAUUAUGGACCGCAUGCAGUCGCCGGAAUUUGAGGCAGCGGUCUAUGGGAUGCAGUUCCUCCCGGUUCUCUUGGUUCUCGGGCUCUUGGGCCGGACGCACGGCUGCGCUCCUGGAGAAGGAGAAGCGAAUAUAGCAAGAAAUGGCGUCGCAACCCAGAGUUCAAAUUUCAAUCAAAAUAUAGCGGAGAAAGCUAUUGAUGGCAGCGAUGCUCCAGAAUUUUCCGAACUUUCCUGUACUCACACCCAAGGAGGAACCCCCCCCUGGUGGAAGGUAGAUCUCAACAAGACCUACAAAGUAAACACCAUCAUCGUCUCAAACAGGCGGGACUGCUGUGAGACGCGUCUGCUGGGAGCGGAGAUCCGCAUUGGCAACUCGGAGGACAACAACAACCCCGUGUGCGGCACCGUCACCGAUGUCUCCAGACUGAAGAUUUCUUUUUGCUGUAACGGGAUGGAAGGUCGCUAUGUGUCUGUGGUUAUCCCGACGCGGGCAGAGUAUCUCACCCUGUGUGAAGUGGAGGUUUAUGGGGAGGAAAUACAGCCAGAGAUCGCCACGUGCUGUUGCCUCCUGAUCUCUCUCCAGAAUAUCUGUACCUUCUGGGCAUGGGGCCACCAGCACUGUACCCACUACUCUAGGCCGCGGUGGAACGGAUCCCGUAAAGAUGAGCUUUUGGUGAGGGAGGCAUGGCAGCUCGCUCUGGUGAUGCUUUCAGUGGUCGUUGUGGGGAAGAACCAAGAAACUCCAGCUCUCCUGCGGACCCCGAAGAAAGAAUACUAG